AUGGAGCUAGGCAGGACUCAGAUAAAACUUGACCCCAGGUAUACGGCAGAUCUUCUGGAGCUGCUGCAAACCAACUACAGCAUUCCCUCGGCCUGCUUCUCUUAUCCCCCUACUGCAGCCCAGCUCCUGAGAGUCAAGCAGGCUCUUAUUGCAGCUGGAGCAAGUGGGAUUUGGGGAGUGGGCAUUCCUUGGGGUGGGAAUGAUGAUAGAAUGAGCCAGUGGGUUCCCCGUACUGAGGAGCCAGAUCUGGCAGGAUUCAAGUCUACUUCCCUUUCUCAUCUAGAACUGGGCCCACUGGAAAUUGCCCUCCUCAUCAUCAUGACCUUUCUAACCAUGGGCUCAGUUGCCAUCUACCUGGAGGAUGCCAUCUAUCUGUACAAGAACAUCCUUUGCCCCAUCAAGAAGAAGACACUGAUCUGGAGUAGCUCUGCACCCACGGUAGUGUCUGUGUUCUGCUGCUUUGGGCUUUGGAUCCCUCGCUCCCUCACAGUCGUGGACAUAUCCAUUACCGCAUUUUAUGCCGUUUGUUUUUAUCUGCUGAUGCUGGUUAUGGUUGAAGGCUUUGGUGGGAAGGAGGCAGUCCUGAGAACCCUAAAGGACGUCCCAAUGAGGGUGAACACCGGUCCCUGCUGCUGCUGCUGCCCCUGUUGCCCGCCCCUUCUGCUCACCAGAAAGAAGCUUCAGCUGCUGAUGUUGGGCCCUUUUCAAUAUGCCUUCUUCAAGAUAGUGAUGGGCCUGGUGGGCCUGUUUCUCAUCCCGGACGGCAUCUAUGACCCAGCAGAUAUCUCUGGGAAGAGCACAGCUCUGUGGAUCAACAAUUUCCUUGCUGUGUCAGCCCUACUGGCUCUCUGGUCCCUCGCCAUCCUUUCCCGUCAAGCUAAGAUGCACCUGGGUGAGCAGAACAUGGGAGGCAAAUUUGCUGUGUUCCAGGUGCUUGUCAUCCUGACUGCCUUGCAGCCUGCCAUUUUCUCCAUCUUGGCCAAUGGUGGGCAGAUUGCUUGUUCACCUCCCUUUACGUCUAAAAUCAGGUCUCAAGUGAUGAACUGCCAUAUGCUCAUAAUAGAGACUUUCCUGAUGACUGUGUUGGCACGAAUGUACUACCGGAAGAAAGAUGAAAAGGUUGGGUAUGAAACCUGCUCAUCACCAGACCUGGAUUUGAAACUCAAAGCCUGAGGAGAACCAACAAUAGAAGAGAUACCAUCCUACCAUACUCCUCAGGAGAACAUGAGAUUUCUGUACUAUCUCUCUACCUUGACCAAAUGAGAAAUGAUUCCCAUUGUCAGCAUAAGCUGGCUAGUUACAUAUGGCUAUAGGGAUGAAGGUAAACUAGGCAACAGGAUGAAACUGUUUGGAAUCUUGCCCAGGGAAGGUAUUUUAAGUUUUGUCAUAAACUAACAAGAUAGAAGUCUGAGACUUCAACACUAGGCACAUUGUUUCUGUGGGUGCCACUAUUUACCCCAACAGUACAUAUGUUGAAAGGUCACUCUGAGCUUUUACACAGCACAAUAAAGAGAAAAGUACAUGGUAUAUGUAUGGUUUGUCUGAUAUAAGACUUUAGAACUUGGCAAAAAGCAGCAGCCCAAGUUUCUCAAGCCAGGCUCUUCAAUGGAAGAUGCUUUCUUUUACAGAUGUGUCAGUAGGGCACUAAUGACAACAGGCUGGGAAGGUCUGAGUUUCCCCUGUAAGACAAGAGCUUUUUGAAUUUUCUUGGACAAGCUGCAAAAGGAAUUGCUUCUUGUUUUGGGGUUUU